AUGAGUGCUACAGCAGGACCAAGCGCGUCUAAUACACUCCCCGAUGGCCAGAAAUUACCCCCGGGCGUAGUACUGGACAAGGAUGGCAAGCCAUGCAAAACAUGCACAUCAGCUGCCUCCUGGCGCGCAAUGCUCAAACAAGCCUCGACUUCCGGCGGCAUAGCAGCUGGUGCCGCUGCCGCUGCCACUGCAGCUGCUUCGGCCACAUCAACACCAGCACCACCACCCCCCUCAGCCCAAGCCGACUGCCCCCCCGACGUCGAAGAACUCGGCCGAUCAACGUGGACCUUCCUGCACACCCUGACCGCAACCUACCCAACCACCGCCUCCACCGAAAAACAAACCCAAAUGCGCUCCUUUCUCGGCCUCUUCUCCAAUCUGUACCCCUGCUGGGCAUGCGCCGAAGAUUUUCGAAACUGGAUGUCCGACCCAACAGGCAAAAAUGAGCCGCGGUUGUCGAGUCGAGCGGAGUUUGGGCAGUGGAUGUGUGAGGCACAUAAUGCCGUGAAUCGGAAGUUGGGGAAGAAGGAGUUUGAUUGUAGGUUGUGGGAGGAGAGGUGGCGGACUGGGUGGAAGGAUGGGCGAUGUGAUUAA